AAUAUUUUAUUUUACGGUGUUAACCCAAAAAUCAGAUUUCAUUCCUGAUUUAGUUUUUUUAAAUGAAAAAAGCAAUCCCGUUGAAUUCUUGUAUUUACAUAUGUUACUGUUUUCCCAUGCUCCACCGCGGCGCUGGAGCCAUGCUGAUGGCGGAGAGGGUGUAAAUGGCUAGCCGAAUGGCCGAAAGGUUAGACUCCUGUAAGGGGGACCGCGAAGCUCUUCUCCGGUACUUGGAUCAGUUCAGGCAGGUCUCCGAGAGCGACAAGCACUGGGCAGCGAGGAGGCAGUUCCUUGUGAAUCACAUACGGGAUUACGAGGUCAACACCGACCAGCUGCUGUCCCUGUCAAUGGUGUGGACCAACCACGUCUUCUUGGGAUGCCGGUAUAGCCCUGAGAUCAUGCAAAAGGUCCUUGAUAUGGCUGAAGGGAUUGAUAUAGGGGAGCUGCCCUCCUUUGAGUUGGUGCCCGGAGCCACAGCGAACAAGAGAGCAAGCUCUUCAGAUGGCGGUGAUGUGCCAGUGAAGAAACCAGCAGUGUCCAGGCUUGUCACCAGACCUCGAUUCGAGCCUGUCCACUUUGUAUGUAGCAGCGGCACAGAGGAGAAAGAGAACGAGAAAAAGCACACAAGGAGCGACAUGGACAGUGGUGGAGAGCGUGCUUCUGAUGCUAACAGCAGCAGACCUACACAACCUGCGCAAGACCCCUGCUUUCAGAACACUACUCCAUAUGUUUUCGACUCUGGGACAAAUGAAGAUUGUGACGCAGCAGCGAGCACGAGUGGUUUUGGUCUUCGGAACCAGGACAAGACCGCCUCUUCAAACUUCAUGACAAAAACACAGCAGGACUAUGCUGCCAAGUAUGAGGCACAUCAUUCGAAGAGGUCUGAGAAUUCCCAGAGUAAGAGGGUGGAAGAGAUUUGGAGUAGCACUCCGGCCAGCUCUCGAGAUGUCCAUAGGGGGUUGGGGUUUGCAAAGCAGGAAGCACCCGAGUGUAGUGGGACCUUCAACAGGACCAAACUGCCAGCUGAGAGGAGCUCCCGUCCUAACAGGUUUGAUUCUCCUAAACCAGUUCCUGUCUCUUCGGCCACGAUCGAAGAGAAGCAGAGGUUGAUCAUCAGGGUUGCAUCGAUAGUCUGCAUCACAUUUGCCGAUCCCACAACUAUGAACUCUGGGGAUAUACCCAAUUAUAACUUCAUACUGAGCCGCAGCAUCCAGGCUUGUAAGACCAACCCUGAAUAUUUCUACAUCUCUCUCAAAGAGAUCCCUCCGACUGACCUCCCAAAGAACAGAAAGCUGCCCACGGACGGCUAUGCUUGCGAGUUAAGGUGCCAGUGCGUCUACCUGGCGACGGGCUACUCUGGCAGCAAAAACGGGGCCAGGGAUCGUGCAUCAGAGCAAGCAGUGAAACUGUUUCUAAAGCCGGUGGAGGUGAGAGUCGUCCGCCGCAAAUUCAAGCACGGCUAUAUCGACGACUUGGUCGUGUGUCAGACGCACGCGCACAAUCUCAGCUUUCCCCCGGCACUACGGAACCCAGAGGAAAAGCCCCAGUCAGGCCCCAGAGGUCAUUUUGAGCCGGACCCAAGGAAGCACUGGAGCACGUUUGUCAUUGUUGAUAAUGCUCAUGAUGCCAUAUGCAUCCUCAAUAACUCGGCUGCCUUCAACCGCAUGAAGAUUGAUUACAAAUUCGAAAACAUCCCCAACACCAACACCUGGCAGUGCAGCGUGUACCUGCAGGAUGAGUUUGUGGCGCGAGCGAAUGGAAACAAGAAGACCUCCAAGCACGCGGCAGCAGAGGAGGCCCUCCGCAAGCUGCGGCAGAACCAGCCGGCAACGCCACAGUUUCCCAGGUCAAACCAUCACAACGACAACGGUAGCCGCCACCAGCAGUCGACCGGCAGGAAACGGCAGCUGAGCGAGCUCGUCAUCUUGGAGAAUUCCGACAACGCCAUCUGCAUCAUCAACGACACGGCUCAGUUCAACAAGAUAGCAGCCGACUACAGGUUUGUGGUGAUGCCGGACCACCGGUGGAAGUGCGAGGUGUACCUGGAGGGCCAGUUCGUUGCCGCGGGGAUCGGGCCGAAGAAGAUCGUGAAGCACAUCGCGGCGGAGGAGGCGCUGGCCAAACUGAGGCAAACGCAGGCGGUGGUGAAGUCAAACCUGAGGAAAGAGGGCAACAAGGAGGCCAUCUCUCGCAACCAGAUCCAGGCACACUCGUCCGAGGAGGCCAUGAAGCAGGAGAUCAAGGAGGACAACAUCGGCAACCAGCUGCUGCGGAAAAUGGGAUGGAAAGGAGGUGGUCUGGGAAGAGAAGGGGAGGGCAUCGCAGAGCCCAUCAAAGUGAAAGAACAGUUUGCCAGGGAGGGCCUCGGCCUGGACAUGGACAAGGGAGGCAACCGUUUAAACAAGAGAGACAUCGAGGAGAUCAUUCGCAAUUACGCCAGCUCGGAAAGGCAGGACGAUUUGAGGUUCUCCAGCGAGCUGAACAACGACGAGCGCAAGCAGAUCCAUCAGAUGUCUCAGAAGUACGGUCUUCGCAGCAAGUCCUACGGACAAGCGAAGCACCGGUUCCUGGUCGUCAGCCGGAAGGUUCAGAAGGACCAGUUGAUUGGUCAGCUUUUGCAGGAAGGACAGGUUGGCCGAUACGAGUUAGUCAAACCUCAGGCCCGUUUUCAGUAAACACAUUUUGCGCUGUAAUUGCCUCAUUAGUUCCAGGUUAAAAUAUGUUUUACUAGGAAAUGCUUCAAUUAAAUAGUCAGUCAUUUUGCUUAAUGUUGUAUCGCCCUGUGCUUUCCUUUCCAUUUCUCAGUCUGAGAUAUAAACAUGCAGGCCUGCCCCUUGCCAUGUGUUAAUUUUGACACCUGGUUCUAACAUUUGUAGCUUGAACAGGACCUGCAUAUACUUCCAGAGACUGGUUAGUAAACUGGUGAGUAGUGUAUUGACUUUUUCAAGAGAAAUCUAUUUACAGCUCAUGGUGGAUGUUCGAGGAAAAUUAAACAAGAAUACGAAGAUGAAAUUGGAUUGGGUCUGUAGCACAAUAGCAGUUGGUCCGAUCCCAUUCUAGGAUGUUAAUGAUGGAGAACAGUGUUUUUGUUGUAUUUUAAAAGAUGGUAAAUUGAUGACAUGCAAAAAAAAAGUCAUUAAGGAUCUAAUAAAUUCCUGUUCUCUUUUUUUUUUUUGUUAUGGUGUCUGACAGCUUGUCUUCUCUUGUGUUUUUAUUUGGGGAUGAGUUUGGAAAUGUGUGCAGUGGCUAUAACAUGUGUCCAUGUUCUAACCAUCUUCAGUCUUAAAGAAGUGAUUUUCUUUUUUGGAAUCAAAAUCCAGUUUGAUAAAUGACUGAGCCUGUUCUAAAUUAUUUAAUCGAAUCAAUGAGCCCUGCAUCCAGACGCUGUAAUAGUUCAUGAUCUCAUGUUAGCUGUUAAACCUGGAGUGGAAUGGGCACCCCCUGGCUGUGGUGCCGUUUGUUCCGCCCCGUCACUGAGUGGUAGGGCUAAGACUAUUUUACAGCACUGGCCACAAGUAGUCUGAGUGACUUAAGAUUGUAUUGUAGUAUUUACUGCUCAUGUUGUAAUGAAGGAAUGCAAUGCUGUUUUUUCAUGGUGUUUCCACAUGUAGGGACCUGCUUUUUUCAUUAUAUGCACCUAGGUAAUGGGAUGUUCACAAAGGUUAGGAUAUGCAUUUUACAAGCAUGUAUAGAUGUAGAUUAGGUUUGUGUUUUGUAAUUUACUCAAACAAAAGCUGUCUUAUUGAGUAAAACCUCCCAAAAAAAAAAAGCAAUUUUAAUAUCUCUGUGUAGCCCUUCACAAAAGGCAAAGAUACUCACUAUUACAAUGACUGAUAGUUAAAUGUUUUUAUUUUUUUUUUAUUUACAAGGUGAAAUGUACAGUUCCUUACAUGGGUUACUAGUGCAAAGUUAUACUGUCACUCAAAUAUCAUGUGUGCAUUAGAAACAAUAUCCGACAAAUCAAAAUGCAGGGUCUCAUCUCUCACCCCAAGCAAACUUCAUCAAACAAGCAGAAAAGUAUAAAUGUGCCACCUGGCAGCUCAGCGUGCCUUCGGACAGCUAACAUUUUCUUGUGAAAACGACACUUAAAUAAAAUCUUCCAAGUGAAGCAUAAGAUCACACAGACACAACAAAGACAGAUCAACCAAGAACGUUACCAUACAUACACAUACACCCCCCUCCCCGCAGAGCCUGUCCCUCUCAACUUCUUCACAGGAGACUCAAUAGCACAUUCUCUUGACUUGUGAAAAGUAAGCACAGGGCUUGAUUCAAAUGUUCAUCAGUCACGGUUUUUGUUUUCAUCAAUUAAACAAAAAUGGUCAUUCAGCUAUAGUACCUGCUACCUCGUUACUUUAUAAACUGCUAAGUUAUAUGGUUUUUCUAAAGCUAAAGGAAUAAAGCUGUGGUUUUCUUUAUCCCAUUCCUAAUAGUUUUUGCAAGUUACUUUUUUUAUUUUUUUUAAUGCAUUACUUUCAAAGAAAAGCCUUGAUUUUAAAACAAAACAAAAAACAGCACUACAGUUUUGAGAACAGUUUGACAUUAGGGCAAAUGGAGCAGACAGUAUCUUUAGAAUGCUGGCCAGAGUCUGAAUGCAUACAAAACAAUGCUCUUGGAUAUAUAGAUUAUAUACAGAUCAGCAGACCGUUCUUUGAAAGUUUUUACUUUUCCCCUCCCACACAAAGAAAUUACAGGAUGAUCCGUAUAAUAAUGCCACAGGCAAUUGAAUAAAGAGAGACGAGGAGGCCAGAUCUUGCCAAAAAGAAAAAAACACAAAUCCAAUUAUUUAAAAUAAGACACUGUCAGGAAGAUAUGAGCAAUAUUAGAGCCGCUGCCCACAAGGGGGCCUUGGAUGCAGAGGCACCUAACUGGAAUUCCUACCAAGAAGCAAGAGGGAAUUUAACUCAGCUAACACUACAAAACAUACACAGUGAAAUAAGAGAAUUCAGUUGGGGAUGGGGGCUGGGGUGUGACAAAAAAAGAUUGUAUGUAAUGGAAACACUUUCCUCAAGUAACCCAGGUAUGGUACAUUUGCUUCAGUGUAGAUGCAACUUUGUUCAGGGAAGAAGUUUCAGCAAGGAGGGGUGUGGUGUGGUGUGGAGAAUGUGGUGGCGGCACAACA